CAGUCUGCUCCCUCGCUCCAUGCUCCGGGGAUUGCAGCGUGCGGAGCAGCUGCAAGAGCAGCUCCAGAAACAGCAACAAUAACAGAAAGAGCAGCCGAAACACCAGCAACAAUACCGCCGUCCCCUGGAGCGAAUGUACAGACUUUCUCCCUGCAAAAACCAAACAAAAACUCCUCACUGCAAGUCCAGUCCCCAGCUAACUGCCUCUCCUGCUGCUCCCGAUAUACUCUCGGGCUAUAUAUAGGGCCAGCCGGUUCCAGGAGUAAUACAUCGCACUUCAUGCUCCGGCCGUCCUCAGUGCAGGUGCUUCCUGUACGCAGGUUUUGUAAUUGGUCAACUCAUUAUUAAUGAGGCGGCCGCAGAGUGAGUUUGACAUGGCUUUAACCGGGACUGUCCUCCCUUCCAUCAACACGUUCACCACCGGCUCGAACGAGAAAGGCGUGGACAGACCCCUAGGGCAACACACCGCGUGCAAUAGAUGGAGAGAAGAAAUGACAAAUUUUAGAAGAUCCGCUGAACAGGAAGGUCAGAAUAUGGGAUUUAGGCGGGAGGACGAGGAGCUGAGCGAACUCUUAGACUUAGAUUUUAUCUUGUCCAACACCAUGAACUCGGAAACGACCAUCAGUACGGCCAAUAACUUUAACUGUCCCAUUCUCAACACGCCAGAGAGUGGCGCAGACCUGUACCAGAGAGAGCCUACGGCCAGCUACAACAUCACAGAUAUUGGCGAGGGCCCACCGACUGGCGGCAGUUUUGUGGCUGAAUUGUUGAGGCCGGAUUUGGAUCCCGGUUACUGCCAUCUCAGCAGCCUGCAGGGCAGGUUUGUAGUAAGGACAGCGACAGAGACGGGCGAUUACAGCCAGCAGGCCAGGGGCAACAAGCACGGUCCGGCGAUGGACGCGCCUUUGGCACAUCCGCAGAGCCACCUUCCGCAGGGCUGCCGGAAGAUCAAGCAGGAAGCGCCGGGAGGGAGCACCACAUCCUGCUCGGCAAGAACACUGGAUGGGCGGGCGAGUGGCGUCCAGGUGCCAGGGAGCGGCCACCGUGCGGUGUGCAGAGGCAGGGCAGGCCAGCACACCUACCCGGGCAGGGUGAACUCGCCGCUGGCUUCAGAGGACAUGCUGGGCCGGCAGUGCCGCUCCUCAUCUCAGAUGCUGACUCACCAAAGAGCGCCAGGCCUCCCCAUGCAGCAGGGCUAUCCUCCUCCAGGCAGCUUCCCCCACUUCCAGGACCAGCCAGCUGUCCAGUACCAAGAGCUGCUGCCCUCGGGGUUCACCCAGGAAGAGAAGCCAAGGAGAGGUCGCCGGUCGUGGCCCAGGAAACGGGUAGCGACUCACACGUGUGACUAUGCGGGCUGUGGGAAAACUUACACCAAGAGCUCGCACCUCAAGGCACACCUUCGGACGCACACAGGUGAGAAGCCCUAUCACUGCGACUGGGAAGGUUGUGGCUGGAAAUUUGCUCGCUCCGACGAGUUGACUCGACACUACAGAAAGCACACGGGACAUCGUCCCUUCCAGUGUCACAAAUGUGACCGAGCAUUUUCCAGAUCUGACCACUUGGCUCUGCACAUGAAGAGACACCUGUAGCUCAACGAGAAACUGCUCCAAGUCUUCAGCCUGUAAAUAGAAAGAUUUACUGCCUUAUAUACAGUGCCCGGGGUCAGAUGGAGGACACUGGCGAAACCCCAGCAUGUCUAUCAGUGAAUGACACUCUGAAAGUGAAAUCUCUUCGCUGGAUUAAAAGUCUCGCCCUCUUAAUAGACCGGGUGCGGUCUGCGAUCAAACACCCACAGAAAAGAUCGGAGUUUUGAAAAUUAGAAUGGAAACCAGUUCCCUGCCGUUCCAAGUGACAUUGCAGCCGCCACAAACUCGGGAGAGGAUCUCACUUUCAGUGCAACGAUUUUUAUUUUUUUUUCCUUUUUCAAAGGGGGAUUUCAGGUACAUAAAUGCUGUUUGAAACAAAAAAAAAUCCAAAAGAAAAUAAGCCAUGAUGUGAUGGUGCUUGGUGACUUUCUAUCAGAGGUACAAAAACUGAAAGGAAAACUAUGCAACAAACCCUGCCACUGGAUAAGGAAAUUUACCAAUAACGUCAGGUUCAAGGUAUUGCCAAAGAUCAGGUAACGGUUUCUAGUUCAUGUCGCUAAAUAUCAUUCUGUGGUCUUUGUGCAAUAACUGUUAGUCAUUGUAUUCAAUACUUCAAAGCAGAACAAAUUACAUUUCUAUAUUAUACUCCACAUAAUAUUUUUAUCUAAUUUACAUUUUAUGUGACAUUUUUUG